CAGGGGGGGCAGGACUUUUAUCCAAGUCAGAGGAAACCAAACUAACAGGGAACAGGGAGCCAGCGCGUACAUACCCAGAGGCCGAGCCUACAGUUAUCAGUAUCGUUUUAAUCUUUCAUCAGGUAGUGAAAAUGAUCCAGUGCAUGCAGUUGAUGUUAUUUCUCUCUGUUCUGGUGGCGUUUGCCGCCUGCAACGCUCCCCCGGUACCGUUAGACGACAUCUUCAUUGAGAAAACGUUCGUGCCGGAGCAGUGUGUACGCGCAGUUAAAGUCGGGGAUUAUGUUAGGUAUCACUACAAUGGCGUGUUUCCGGACGGCAAGAAGUUCGACUCCAGUUACGACCGUGGCAGCUCCUACAACGUGUUUGUGGGCAAGAAGCAGCUGAUCGAAGGGAUGGACAAAGCUCUGGUGGGGAUGUGUGUCAACGAGAGACGUCUGGUCAAGAUCCCACCUCAUCUGGCCUACGGAUCACGAGGAUACGGUGACAUCAUCCCUCCUGACUCCAUCCUCCAUUUUGACGUCCUGCUGCUCGACGUGUGGAACCCGGAGGAUGGCGUCCAAAUCAACACUUACCACACGCCCUCAGUCUGCUCCAGAAAGGUGGAGGUUUCUGACUAUGUCCGCUAUCACUACAAUGGCACCCUGCUGGACGGGACGCUCUUUGAUUCCAGCCAUACCCGUAUGCGUACCUAUGACACAUAUGUCGGGAUUGGUUGGCUGAUUGCGGGUAUGGAUCAGGGUCUCCUGGGAAUGUGUGUUGGGGAGAAGCGCAUCAUUACUAUGCCACCAUCACUUGGAUAUGGAGAGAAUGGAGAUGGUAGCGACAUCCCAGGACAGGCGUCUCUGGUGUUCGACGUUGUACUUCUGGACCUCCACAACCCCAGAGAUGGGAUCACAGUGACGAAUCAGAAGGUGCCCGAGUCCUGCACGAGGAAGACGGUCACUGGAGACUUUGUACGCUACCACUACAACGGCAGCCUCCUCGAUGGAACCUUCUUUGACUCCAGUUACUCCCGUAAUCGUACCUAUGACACCUAUGUGGGACGAGGCUACGUGAUUGCCGGCAUGGAUGAGGGUCUGAUUGGAGUCUGUGUAGGAGAGAAACGCACCAUCACCAUCCCACCACAUCUGGCCUAUGGAGAGGAGGGUACAGGCUCAAAAAUCCCUGGUUCAGCUGUGCUUGUGUUCGACAUCCACAUCAUCGACUUUCACAACCCGUCAGACAGCACUGAGGUCGCUGUCACCUACAAACCAGAGGAAUGUGACAAGCAAACCAAAAAGGGAGACUUCAUCAAAUACCACUACAACGCUUCUCUAUUGGACGGCACUUCCAUCGACUCCACGUACAAUUAUGGGAAAACAUACAACAUUGUACUGGGAGCCAACCAGGUGGUCCCUGGGAUGGAGGAUGGGCUGAUGGAGAUGUGUGUGGGAGAGAAGAGGCACCUAGUAAUUCCUCCCCAUUUGGGCUAUGGGGAGAGAGGAGUCACUGACGAAGUUCCAGGCAGUGCUGUGAUGGUGUUCGACAUCGAGCUUGUAGACAUGGAGGAAGGACUUCCUGAAGGCUACAUGUUCAUCUGGAACGAUGACGUGUCACCUGACCUCUUUGCUGAGAUGGACAUGGACGAGAACAAGCUGGUGGAGCCCUCUGAGUUUACUGACUACAUCAUGCGACAGGUGAAUGAGGGAAAAGGCCGCCUGGCUCCUGGCUUUGACCCUUAUCGCAUCAUUGACAACAUGUUCUCCAAUCAGGAUCGAAACGGUGACGGAAAGAUCACAGAGGCAGAGUUCAAGCUUAAAGCAGAUGAAUCCACCCAUGACGAGCUAUGACGGGACUGAGUGAAACAUUCAGAUCAUGGUGUAGGCCGCAGGUUCAAUGGUGGGGUGGGGGGGGGGGGGUGGGGGUA